AUGACACACAUAGAACCCGUCAAUUUGGUAAUAGGAAUGAUCUUAUUUUCACAGAUCACGGUUGGAGUCAUGGGAAAUUUUUUCCUUCUUUACCAUUAUAUUUUCAUUUACCACACUAAAAGCAAGUUGAGAUGCAUAGAUUUGAUACUCAAGCACAUUCUCAUAGCCAAUUCCUUAUUUAUUCUUUCUAAAGGACUGCCUCAGACAAUGGUAGCAUUUGGACUAAAAAAUUCUCUCAGUGAUUUUGUCUGCAAAUUUUUCUUUUAUGUUGAGAGAGUGGGCAGGGGUGUGUCAAUUGGAACCAUCUGCCUCUUGAGUAUCUUCCAGAGGAUCACAAUCAGCCCCAUGAACUCCUGCUGGAAAGACCUUAAAAUAAAAGCACCAAAGUGUAUCGGAUUUUCCAUUUACCUCUGCUGGUUUGUGCACAUGGUGGUAAAUUUCAUUUUUCCUCUUUAUCUGUUGUAUAUGUCUGGAAGAUGGUCUAGCAGAAAUAUCACAAAGGAAAGAAAAAUAAUAUUCUGUACUUACACAGAUCCUGGGACAAUCCUGGGCUCAAUCUAUAUAGCGUUAGUAGUAUUCCCUGAAGUUGCUUGUUCUGUGCUCAUGAUCUGUGCAAGCAGUUCCAUGGUUUUUAAUCUGUACCAACACAAGAAGAAGGUUCAACACAUUCACAGGACAAAUGUCUUCUCUAGAUCCCCUGAGUCCAGAGCCACCAAAAGCAUCCUCUUUCUGGUGGGCACUUUUGUAUCAUUUUACAGCCUGUCCUCCCUUUUUAACAUUUCUAUUGCUCUUUUUCCUGAGGUAUAUAGGAGGCUGGUGAGUAUUUCUGAGAUAAUUUCUGUGUGUUUUCCAACUAUGAGCCCAUUUCUGCUGAUGAGCCAGGACUCUUCUAUACUCAGGCCCUGCUUUGUUAUGUUAAGGAACGCUCUCCCCACUUAUAAGAAAUAA